AUGAAUAAAGAGAUAUUUUCAAUAGUCUUCAACAAAUCAAAAUUAAAUACAAUAAUAUUCAAUCAUGUAAAUGAGAUAAACGAUCGAUAUAAAGGUGAUGUUUAUUCAUGGCUUGGUGUCAUCAGAUCACCUAAAAUGAUGAUCACCUAUGGAUAUUUCGAUGAAUUGAAGCAAUAUUAUCAACAAAAUAUAAAUCAUAUAUUGUAUCACAGUGAUGAUUUUAUGUAUGAUCAAGAGAAUGCAUUUAUGACAACAAUAGAAGUUGGUAGAUUCGACAUUUUCAUUUAUAUGUGGGAUUUCUUCAAAUUAACCCAAAGAUACAGUUUCUUAUUCGAUAUUGAAAGAAUAUUGAGCAAAGUUGGAAAGGAAGCUAUCAUUCACGAUCGAAUGGAUUUUAUACGAUUUGUAUUGGAGUCAGUCGAUUCCAUUCGGUCAUCGCUAAUGAAUCACGAAUUGAUUGGCAAACUAUUAGAAAUUUCACCGAAAUCACAUAAUUUGGAAAUGGUUCAGUAUAUCGCAAAGAUUUAUAAACAGCGUUUACCAGCUCAUCAUAAGAUUGAUAAGGAUAGCUGCAGAGUCUUGAACACUGUUGCAUUCGUUGGAAGAUUAGACAUGUUCAAUUGGGCGAUCGCUAACGAGUUUGAUGAAUUUCGAGUAAAACGUCUAUUGCGUGAAUCCGCUCAAGGUGGUAAUAUCGAGUUUUUUCAAUAUCUUAUGGUACACUAUCCAAGGAAAUUGGAUUCACACCACUUUCAAAAGUUUAUGGUCUGUGCAGCUAGCGCAGACAGUCUUGAACUCAUGAAGAUUCUUCACAAUCAGUAUCAUGUGGAGAUUGAUACGAUUAACUUACUCACGAUUGCAGUUGACAACAACAAUCUUGAAAUUUCGAAAUGGGUGUUUGAAAAUGGUCCAAAGAUAAAUACUAGAGUCUAUGAUAUUGUAUUAAAGUGUCAAACUGUUAAAAACAACAAUCUCGAAAUGGUUAAAUGGUUAACUGAACAUGUUAAACUCUCAUGUUCAACUGAAACGAUGGAUCUUGCUGCAAAAUUAAAUCGCUUGGAUAUUUUGGAGUAUUUACAUCGCAAUUCAUCGGAAAAAUGUUCGCUCAACGCAAUGGGAUUUGCAGCAAAGAAAGGCCAUAUAAAUAUUGUAAGAUGGUUAAAUGAGAAUAGAACUGAAGGUUGUAAUAAUGUUGCUAUGGAUUUUGCUGCAAAGAAUGGUCACGUUCAUAUUUUAAAGUGGUUCAAGGAGAAUCGGACUGAAAGAUGUACACAACUUGCUUUUGACAUCGCUGGAAGCUUAGAAGUUAUGAAAUGGAUUCACCAAAAUCAAACUGAUUUGCAGAUUACAGAAUCCAAUGCUAUUGAUAGAGCAGCUAAAUAUGGAAAUCUAGACGCAAUGAAAUGGAUAUUGGAAAAUUAUGGAUCAAAAAGAUGUCCCGAUACAUCGAUGUCAAAUGCUUUGGAAAAAAAUCAAUUCAAUAUUGUAGGAUGGUUACUCAUGAAUCGAGAAGGAUUCAAAGACUUUGAUGUCAAUGAUAAAUUGUUUGUGAACUUGCUGGAAUAUGACCAUUCAAUAGCACAAUGGAUAUUGGAAAAUAGAGAUAUUCCUCGAUACAAAAUUGUCAAAUAUCAAACGAUACUCGAAGAUGAUUUGCCUAAAUCUCUAAAAUCAUUAGAGUUUCUCGAUAAAUAUAUUGCAAUCAAACAACAAGAGAGUCUUAAGAAAAGAAAAUACGGAAUUUAA